AUGGAGCAGACAAAGACGACGCGCAAACGGGUCUCAAGGGCGUGCAACCUUUGUCGCGCCCGGAAAGUUCGGUGUAUCAUUGAGGAUCCUUCGGGUCCUUGUGUCAAUUGUCGACAUAACGACAAGGUUUGUACAUUCAAGCGAAGACAUGGCAUAAUACCGACCAAUCCGACUCUGAGGCCGAAUAUCCCGCCAACACCACGCUCAAUCGAAUCAGCAGCCGAGAAACCCAUUGAGGCACCAAUUCAACAACCUCUACCUGCAGCAUCAAGACCAGGUUCAAUCUCAUCUUCAGCCUCCAUCCUUUCUCAAAACAUUACUCAAGUACCAAGUUCACCAUGUCAUCCCGACUACGCCUUCCUCCAAGUCCCCGACACAAAAGACCUUCUCCCCCAAGACCUCCAAUUCCUAGUCAGCCAAGGGUGUUUCAUCGUGCCGCAAAGAGCAGCGCUGGAUGAUUUUUUGAGACAGUAUUUCUUACAUGUUCAUCCAAUGCUCCCGAUUCUGAAUGAGAAGGAUUUUUGGCUUUCUUAUAAUUCUGUGGAGGGGGAUGUGGAGUAUGAGAUGCCUAUGUUGGUUCUGCAGGGUGUUUUGUUCAUUUCUUCUGGAUUCGUGUCAGCGGAAACGAUCAAAUUACUAGGCUUUCCAGACGUUCACCAGGCCAAAUUGGCCUUCUAUCGCCGCGCGAAGCUUCUCUACGACUUCAGCGUCGAAAAGUCCUGUAUCGCCAUAGCCCAAGCAUCUCUCCUCCUCGCCCACACACAUCUGAUCCCCCGCUGCAUAGCCGGCAACAAACCUUUAGGCUCCAUCUGGCUCGGCAUAGCCAUAUCCUACGCGCGCGUCGCAAAAGCUCACUGCUACAGUUCUCUACGUCCUUCCAACCCUACUGAAGUCGCCAAAAUCCAAAAGCGUCGCAACACUCUUAAACGGCUUUGGUGGAGCUGCAUAAUCUGCGAUCGUCUUCUUCCACUUACGUCAAGACAGAGCAUAAAAAUCACGCCUCACAAUUUUAGCUUUUCUGGAUGCUCGGUACUUGGCAGUGCAGAUUUGGCGGACGAGCUGUAUAAUUCUGAUGUGUAUGACUCGGAGACUAAGACGUUGCAUGCAGAGCUUUUGGCUAAGCUAGUUGAGUUGUGUGUUGUGCUUACGGAUGUUUUAAUGGUUGUCGCGGUGCUGUAUAAUAAUCCGUCUUGGAUGCUCAGUGGACGGAUGAAAGAUGCGGGAGUCUGUGGAAUUGAGUUGAGAAGAUGGUAUAAUGCUUGGGGUGAAACGAAAGGAACAUUGGAGGAGAGGCGAGGCGAGAGUGGAGAAAUGGCAGAGUCCAUUAUUCUGUUCAAGAAUCUCAUUGAGAUGUACUAUCAUUCUGCUAGACUAUCAGUCUGCCACUACAACAUCCUUCGAUCAAGUCUCGUGCCAACAUCUCAAUCAGACGUUCACCUCCGUCGUCAAAGCGAAGAUCUUCAAGGUUCAGCAUCUCGCGUAACAGAAUGCCUCCUCGAGUUUGACCGUCUUGGUCUAUCGAGAUGGCUUCCCAUGACAGCGUAUGCAUCUCUUCCCUUUCAUCCUCACCUCUCACUGACACCAUCCAGCAUCGGCUGCACAGCCUUCCCAUUAGCUCUCCAAAUGAUCGACGUCGAACUGCACCCCAAAACUUCCCAAAAGCAACAACACGUGGAUAACCUCGUCAGACAAAUGAAGAGCUACAAGAACAAAUACUACAUCACGGAUUGGGUCAUGCGAGCUAUUAGACAUGUCGUGGAACUAGCAGGACAAAGGGAUGGCUCUGAAGCGCGUAGCGCUCUUGACAUGUUGAAGAGUCGACCGAGUUAUUACUUGAGAUUAGUUAUGACGCUUGAUAUGAGUAUCAGCAAUGGGAGAUUGCCGGACGAGUGUGACUUUCCGCCGAGUCUGAGAGCUGGAAGGACGAGCUUCGCAAAGAUGAGUUCAGAUGCUGCGCAAAUGGGGGAUGAAGAAUCACGGAAGCGGUUUUCGGCGAUGAACAAGGACUUGAUACCGGACAGCAUCACAGACGAGAAUGGAAUUGGAUCAGCAGAUUUGAAGGACCAAGCCCAAGCGCAGGAUGCUAUCAUGGUCGACCAGGAAUCCUUCUUCAACCCAAAGCAACCCUUUCCUGUGGAUCUAACGGCUGCGUUAUGCGAGAUUACGAAUAUCCCUCCGUUGGACUUUAGCGACAUGCCGCUUUUGGAUUCCUCGCUCUUCAAUGACGCUGGAGGUGUGCCGUUUUGGCCAUAUGAGUUGUUGGGAUCGCCGCCGGAUAAUUUGGGUCAGAUUGAGGACAUUGGAAUGGGAGAUAUCUUUGCUGGGAUGAUGGCAAAUGCGAAUAAUGAGUUAGGUAUCGUUGAGGAUUCGAGACAGAAUGGCAGUUCUGUCAGUCCGCCCAUGAAUUCUUUGUAA